UUACAAAGUUUUACGGUAAACGCCCCCUUAGAACCGGAAAUGAAAACUAUUGAGGACGUCCUAAAUCGUGGCAUUAAGAUAGCUGUGAGCGCGAGCGAUAUAUAUUGGAUAAGCCACUAUACAAAUAUGUCUAUGUAUAUUAAGAACUUUACAAUUUUUACCAACUACACAGAGAUGUUAUUGCUUCGGGACUCAUUUGACACACGCUAUGCAUUUCUGGCCCCUGAUAUGUGGCCCAUAUACAAUGAGCAGCAGAAGUACUUCUCAAAGCCAAUAUUUCGAAUUUCGGAUAUUUGCUUUGAAAAAGAUACCACUUUGGUGUUGCCUUUGCCGAUAAAUUCGGUUUAUCGCGAAACUUUGAAUAAAUUAUUUUUGACACUGCAGGAAGCUGGACUAAUGAACUUUUGGCAACGUCACAGCUUUGUAGAGUUGACGGCGAUGAAAGUAAUCAAAUUGGAGGAUUCCAAUAAAAAGCCUGGGUUCGAGUCACUGAAGUUGGAGGACUUGCGCGUGAUAUUCAUUGGAAUGUGUAUACUGAUGUCGUUGAGUAUAUUCGUUUUCGUAUUGGAACUCUGUUGGGAGAAAAUAAGAAAAUUUGGGCGUUCAACUGUUUCUGCUAUAAAAUUAAUUUGGAAUUUGGUGAAAAUUCCAUGUUGA